UUAAGAUAGCGACUGCUACGUAUUCCUCUCCUUUCUUUCCUUUUGCCCAUCGCGAUAUAUUCACUUAUUCACCAAACAAGCUUUGUAAAAAAGCUUGCAUUGUUUGGUCUCUUGUCUCUACUCUCUACAACACCACCAUCUUUCUUGCUUGGUUAUAUCUUUUUGGCUUUUAGUUAAUUUCUUACUUCUUAGUCGGUUCUUGCUCCUCUCAUGGCUUCUUGUGUUUCUCUUUGCCUUGCUGGUUUACUUGUUUUGGCCGGUGAGUUAAUUGCACUCUCAAGAAACUCGUAUGGGAGUGACAUGGGGAUGGAGGAAGAGGAGCUUUUGGGGCUUUUUGAGGUUUUUGGUGCUCUUUUGGAUGAUCCUGAUUGGGCUCGAGUGCACCCACAACCAUGCACUGACACUCCAUGGCCUGGUGUUCAAUGUGAGCUCGCUGAAGACCCUCCCAUCUUUCAUGUCACAAAGAUUCAUAUUGGUCCUGAUAUUAUUAACCCUCCUUGCAAAGCUUCUGCUUAUCUGUCAAGUUCCUUGCAGAAGCUACCUUACCUAAAAGUUCUUUUUAUUUUUAACUGUUUUGUAACAUCUGAUCAUCCAGUUAUUCUUUCUCCUGCUAUUUUCGAAACUUUAUCUUCCUUGGAGCAUCUAGCUCUUGCUUCCAAUCCAGCUCUCUCUGGACAGAUACCCUCAAGUUUAGGACACGUUACCAGCCUAAGAGUUCUGAGCCUGUCCCAGAAUAAUCUACAAAGAAGUAUCCCUCGUGAGCUUGGUGGCUUGGUAAAUCUAGAGCAACUUGACCUAAGUUACAAUAAUCUAAGUGGUGAAAUUCCUAAGGAGAUUGGAGGGUUAAAAAGCUUGACCAUUCUGGACUUAAGUUGGAAUAGCCUUGAAGGGCAGGUUCCAUGUUCUCUGGGUCAGCUUAAUCUUCUCCAUAAGAUUGAUUUGGGCUCUAACAAGCUUCUGGGAAGGAUAACUCCAGAUUUGGGGAAGCUAAAGAGAUUAGUCUUGCUUGAUUUAAGCCAUAAUUUUAUGAAUGGACCAAUCCCUGCAACCCUGUCUGGAUUGGAACAGUUGCAAUACUUCAUAAUUGACCACAAUCCGAUAAAUUCAGGGAUACCCUUGUUUGUGGGGUCCCUAAAACGGCUCACGUUAAUAAGUUUGUCAGGAUGUGGGUUAACAGGCUCAAUACCGAAUUCUUUGUCGUCAUUGAAAAGUCUUACUGCCCUCUCUCUAGACAACAAUGGCCUCAUUGGGACAAUUCCUACAAGCUUGGGGUCACUUCCAAAUCUUGAUCAACUGAACGUGAGCAACAAUCAGCUAAGUGGAGAACUACUACUCCCAGAAGAGUUCAUCGGAAGGCUUGGCAAAAGAUUAGAUGUUAGAGGAAACAGUGGAUUGUGUACAAGCAACAAGAUGUACGAUAAGAAAAAUGUUUCUAUCUAUCUAGAGACCCCAACUUGCUUGGAUAAAAUUGGCAAAGGUGGCCAUAAAAUUUGUCCAGAAGAGAACCCAGAUGAGUCCAAGGGAAUGCAAUCUCCACGGUACCGUAGCAAGACAAGUUCAGACGGUCUAGCAUUUGCUGAUCAAAAGCUUAUUCCAUGUACUUUUCUUCUUUUCAUUCUGCCUCUCUUUUUGUAACACCGCAUAUAUACUUCUACUAUCGGCUAGAAACCAGAAAAUCCAAAGCAUGGCAUGCACUAUGAUUU